AUGGGUUACACGAAGUCAAUCUUGUGUAAGUUUCCCUUACUAGAUGAUGUUCUGGAUGGAACGAUACUUCGCAGAGGACUUCCUUCACCACAUCUGGUUUAUGGAAUUCCGCUAACUAUCCAGGCUACACUAUACCAUAUUUUUCUAAUAAUGCAAAAUUUACUGUGCUACGCAGAAAACAGGAAGGACAUCGCCUUUGAUGAUUUUAUUAAGCUGGGUAUUAGAGUUUUCACUGGACAAGGACUAGAAAUCUAUUAUCGAGACAGUCAACGAUGUCCUACUUUCCACGAAUACAGCACUUUAAUACGUGGCAAAUCUACCGAUGCCUUAAAAUGGGAAGUCCAGUGGUUAAAAUUUUGCGCCAAAAAGGAGAAAAUGGAAUUUAGUGAAGAUCUGUACCAUAAAAUGGGCCUAGUUCUUCAACUUUAUGGCGACUACAUUAAUUUGCACAACGCUAAGUACGCCACUGUUCGUGGUUUUUGUGACGAUCUUGACGAGGGAAAAUUUAACUUUCCUAUAAUUCAUGCCAUUCAAAGUCACCCGAACGAUCAUCGGCUUUUGGAUAUGUUGAAACGAAGACCACUGGAUAUGGAAAGUAAGAAACUCUUUAUAGACAUCCUGGAAAGUUUUGGAAGUUUUGAGUACACCCGAAAGGAAUUGGAAAAAUUGAAAAAUGGGAUUCUGAUUGAUGUAGACAACAUGAAUAUGGGAAAAAAUCCACAAUUGGAACGAGUUCUGGAAGAUGUGUUGGGUAAUUUGGAAACGGAAAUCUAUUACGAUGAUUGUGACUAA